AUGUCGCAGCAUACCCAAAAGACAUAUACACUCAAUACCAAUGCCAAAAUCCCCGCCAUCGGCCUGGGUACAUGGCAGUCUAAGCCCAAUGAAGUCCGUGAGGCUGUUAAGACUGCCCUGCUUAAGGGUUAUCGGCACAUCGACACAGCCUUGGCCUACGGUAACGAGGCGGAGGUCGGGGCUGGUAUUCGCGACUCUGGAGUGCCCCGUGAGCAGAUCUGGAUAACCACAAAGCUCGACAAUACCUGGCACCACUGCGUCGAGAAGGGCAUUGAAGCGUCACUGAAGAACCUGGGCGUUGACUAUGUUGACCUAUACCUCGUCCACUGGCCCUGCUCACUUAAUCCCUUGGAUGACUCCAAACUACUCCCUGACUGGAACUUUAUCAAGACCUGGCAGGAGAUGCAGAAGCUGCCAGCCACCGGAAAGGCGCGCAACAUCGGUGUCUCCAAUUUUGGAAUCAAAAACCUCGAGAUUCUACUGAAUGACCCUUCCACCAAGAUCGUCCCCGCCGUCAACCAAAUAGAGGUGCACCCCGGCAACCCCUCCCCUGGGCUUGUCGCCUACAACACCUCUAAGGGCAUCCACACCACCAGCUACUGCUGCCUGGGCUCCACCAACUCUCCGCUCUAUAAGAACUCUACACUCAUCCAGAUUGCCGAGAGAAAGGGCAAGACUCCGCAGCAGGUCAUGCUGGUUUGGGGCAUCCAGAAGGGCCGGAGUGUCAUACCCAAGUCAGUCAGCAAGUCUCGCAUUGAGGCCAACUAUGACAUUGAUGGUUGGAACUUAACCGCCGACGAAGUAAACCAGCUUGAUAACCUCAAAGACCAAUUCAAGGUUUGCGAUGAUUCAUGGUUACCCGUCAGGGUUUUCUUCGAUGACGACGAAUAUCCAGAUAAUCGGAGCCAGUUAUAA